CAACAACCAUAUCAAUCGCAACCUCCUUAUGGCUCGCCAGCACCGCAGCAAGCAUACUCGCGGCCUCCGCCUCCACCACCGAAUAGGCCGAAUGCUGGCAGUCCGUAUCCCGGCGCGUCUGCGCCUUAUGGAGCGCCGAGUCCUCAGCCGCCUUAUGGCCAACCAAGUCCAUACCAGCAAGGCCCGCAGCGAGGCUAUGGACCACCUCUACCAGCCGGCCAAUAUGGUCAGUCACAGCAACAGCAGGGCUACGGCCCGCCAGGCGGCGCUCCACCGAUGAGCCAGAGCGGACCAGCAGACGUGCAAGGUUAUCAGAGAGAGCUUGAGAGAGCCAUUCAAGAGAAGGGGUUGCAUCGCUUCUAUGGCCCGGGUACUCCGGGUGCUCAGAAGCUUCCAAUGAUUGCUCAGCGCGCGGCGCAAUGCGUCGACCGUCUCUGCCAAGCAUGGCGCAUUCAGAGGGAGAUUGCGAAUGAUAUUGUCAGACUCGCGCUCUACGACGUUGUCAUCUAUGUCGACGACAGUGGAUCCAUGUCCUUUGAAGAGAACGGCGAGCGUAUCAAGGACUUGCAGCUUAUUCUGCAGCGAGUAGCUUUCGCAGCCACUCUUUUCGACGAUGACGGAGUCGACAUCCGCUUCAUGAACGAGGAUUUGCCCAUCCAAGACAUUUCACACAUCAGAAGCGAGCAGCAGAUCGAGCAGUUGUUGGCACACAAGCGCUACAAGGGUCUCACUCCAUUCGGAACGGAGCUUCGCAAGAAGAUCGUUGAUCCAAUUUUGGUGCAAAGAUUGAACAGCGGCCAGAUGCAGAAGCCAAUUUUGAUCAUCAGCAUUACGGACGGUCAGCCAGCUGGCGAGAAUCAGAACACACUCAUUGAAACGGUGCAGUACGCCUGCCAGGCUGCUCAGCGGUCGCCGUACGGAAAAGGAGCUGUUGCAUUCCAGUUUGCUCAAGUCGGCAAUGACCAGAAAGCCACCGAGUUCCUCGCUAAGCUCGAUAACGAUCCAAUGGUUGGUGGGGAAGUGGAUUGCACAUCGAACUACGAAAAUGAGUCGGCGGAGAUGGCGAGAGCUAAUCCUCCUGUCGAUCUGACGCCUGAUCUCUGGAUGAUCAAGUUGAUUCUCGGUGCCAUUGACCCAAGCUACGACACCAAGGACGAGAAG